AUGACGCUGGCUCUUCAAGAGGAAAUUGAAAGUAUGAGCGACGAGUAUCAAUCACAUGUACUCCAUUUAGAGCAGCGCAUUCGGGACGCAUCUCAAAAAGUCGUUGAUCUUGAAAAUCGUCUACGAACAUCGAAAAACAUUUUGAAUAACAAAACCUCUCAGAUUCAAAUAGAGGCGUCUGCGAUGACGCAAAUGAUUCAACGAAAACUUUCGGCUGAUAUAAAAACGCAACAUUUUUUGACAAAACGUAUCAAACAAUCACAAGAAAAGAUUUCGAUGGAAAAACUCAAAGCAGCCAAAUUGUCUCAAAAAUCGGGGAUCUACAAAAUAAAACUUAUCACACAAAAAGAGUAUGUGAAAUACUUGGAGAAACGACUCAAAGCAAUCUCGGCGAGAUAUGGAGGGAAAGUCGAUGAUCUGAAUAAUCAAAAAAAGAGCCUUGAAAAUCUCUUGAAAAAAGAUGAGAAGUGCCGGAACGACGCAAAAGAGAUGGAGGAGGUUUUAAAAAUCAUUGAAACCAAAACGAAACCCGAAAAGAAUGAAACAAAAGCGAUGAUUCAAUUGUAUCACAAAGUCAUGGAGGCAAAAAAUCAAAACACGCAAAAGAUGGAGGAACUCCACGAAAAAAUGUGGGAAGUGGCUAAUUAUGAAGGGCAAGAAGCUCGUACAAAACGAAAGGAGUUUCAAGAUCUGAAGCGAAAGAUCUCGAAAAAGAUUGAGAAAAUUCAGGUCGAGAGAAGGAAGGAGAUUGAAGUGGUGGAACGGUUGAGGAAAGAGCUUGAAAGUGAGAAGAUUGAGGAAUUCGCGGACAAGGAAAAAAUCAAAGAAAUGACAAGCGAGAUCGACAAGCGGAGGAACGAAGCAACAUUUAAGGGGAAAAAAAUUGAGGCACUUACAAAGAAAAUUGCCACACUCAAAGCUACACUUGAGGCGGAUAUCGAACGAAUUGAAAGAGAAAGAUUUGAAAAGGCUUUCAAAAAAGUUGCGAAACAAGUGAUGAUAGGAAAAGAGGCGUGUCAGACAUCUGCGAAGGACAUUAGAAACCAACGAUGGUUAUUGAGAAAGGUACUCAACAUCGAUCUCAGAGAAAAGAUGGAAAAAGAAAUUGAUACGAAAAUGCAGGAGUACAAACAACUUGUCAAGGAACUUUACGCGUUUGAAAGGAAGAAUGAUAUGUUGACAAAGAGAAAGGAAAAGCGAACAAGAAUGUGGAAGGACGAUAUGUUCAAGGAGAAGGCUUAUCUCAAAAGAAAGAUUAUAGAACUUGAGGGACUUGCCGAGAAGAGGAAAGCAAGGUGCAGCGGAAUUAGAGGGAAGAAUGAGAGAAGGUACGCGUUCAAGGCGUAUUCAGAAAUUGUCAAGAAAAUUGCGAAGGAGAAGAGAAAGUUUGAGAGAAUUGUCGAAAAGAUAAGAGCGUCGCAAGACCAGACGAUCGGACACAUCGCGAGAGUUGUUGAAAACGUUGGAAAGGAAAAUAUCAGAAUGGACAACGAAAAGAACCAACUCCGAAGACAAAUUGAGCUGUACUCCGAGAGAAUUAAAGAAAAGAUAGUCGAGACAGACGUCCAAAUGGAAAUUGCCCAAAAGGCUCAAAAAAAAUUGAGGAUGGCGAAAGAAGAAACAGAAAGAAAAGAAAAGGAGAGACUGGCCAAAUUGAAAGCAGUUCAAGACGACAUCGCAGCAGUCAAGAAAGAAAUUGCAGCGGCCAAGAAGGGAAAGACGGACCUUGACGGUUUGAAGGUGCAGGGUCUUGAAUCGAAACUAGAUGCGCUCAAAAAAGAGAAGAGAAGUCUCGAAGCAAUGGGGAAAUCAAAGUCUCUUUUUGAAUAA